CCCGCAGUCCACUGGUGCCAGCUGGCCUUUGCCUUCUGACUGGCAGGACACGGGCGAGCUGUCCAGGGACACGGCCAUGGAGGGAGAGUUCUCCUCCCUUCGCUUUCCACAGAAACUUUGGAAAAUGCUGGAAAGUAGCAGGUUUCUGUCAAUUUGGUGGAGCGAGGGUGGAAAAUGUGUGGCCAUUAACAAAGAUCUUUUCGAAAAGGAGGUGCUGGGCAGGGCAGGCCCUCAGCGGCUUUUUGACACACAAAAAAUGAAAAGUUUCAUGCGACAGCUGAACGUGUACGGAUUCACCGAAACAAAACGGGAUGACCAGAGAUCUGCCUCCCUGCCUGAAUUUCUGGCAGAGGAAGCAGCAGUUUCUGCUCACAGCCAGAUCCUCUACUACUAUAACCCCUGCUUCAACAGAGCACAUCCUUGGCUGGUGGAAAGGUGCAGGAGGAGAGCUGCCCUCAAACGGAGAGCCCCGGGUGAAGCAGAGACGGAUGGAAGACCCUUCAGAGGCCCAGACAGUCAGCCUGGGCAGUGAGGGCAAGCAGGGCUGGGCUUCACAGAGGAAUCUUUCACCCGUGAGGACUGCACUGACCAAGGGAUGGGCUGAAGCACCUCCCAGCACCUGCAGCCCCAACCCUGCGGUUGGGCCCCAGACGUGGCACAUCCCGGAGAUCGCAGAGCCGGCAGACAGCAGAUAAUUUCUAAUUAAAAGCGUUAUUACUAAAUAGAGCCGAAUAGAGUUGG